AUGCGGCUUGGUACUAAUUUAAUUGCAAAUUUGAUUAAUGCUUUAAAAUUUGACGGUAUUACACUAUUUCUCGUAACAACUUUGGCUAUUGAUGGAAGUGAUGGUACAAGUUUGGAUAUCGCUAUUGCAUUUGCAAAAUAUGCAGGUGCCCUGUUCACAUUUCAAGAGGUAAUUGAAGUGAUGACUGAUGUUAACAAACCAUUGGAUGAUAUUGUUGACGCAUUGCGACUUUCACCGCUUGUAAUAGCAAUGGCAGACAAAUUUGUCCUCAAUAUUUCCACUACACUGAAGCAAAUUUUUCAUUUCCUUUUGAGGAUAGCAUUUGAUCUUGUCAUAUUCGGCUAUCUUAUCCCUCUAACGGUUAUCAUUUUGGUCACUAUUCUUACGUGUUGGUACAUACGUGAAGAAAUUCGUAAUCUUUAUCCAAUGCUUGUACCGUUCCCUGUUGCAAAGAAGGCAUGUGAUGAGUUUCUUCAACAGAUGGACAAAGAACUUAUCAAAAAAUUGAAGAAGAAGCAAGAAGAAGAAAUGACAAAAGAUAUGACUGCCACUGAGACUCAAACCACUUGA